AGGCGUGGUGCAAGUGCAUGUGUUACUUACUCUUAUAACAAAGAUGUCGGCAAAGAUCCCCAAAGUGGAUUCCCCAAAUGAGACGACCUCCCUCACUUCGAGGCGGGUCGAGGGAGCAGCAGCAGCAACAGACGCAGCGGAGGAGGAAGAAACGACACAAAUCCCACCAGAGAUUGAUUCAGAACUCCUUUUCGACCUCCAGAUGGUGCUGGAUGGCUUCACGCAGUGCAAGAAAGACGAUGGACAGUUGUACCUUGAUGGGUACCUUAGGGCCUACAGUGAAAUUAACAAAUUCUUCCAAAUCCUUGGCAAUGUGUUCAACUUUGUGGCUCAGGAUGUGCAGAAGAAGAUCACGAUACUCCAGUGUUAUCGCAAGGGGGGAGCAGGUGACUACUACUAUUCCAUUCAGUCCAUGAUUGAGUAUGAACGUGAAAACAAUCUACUCACGAGCAAGGAUCAGCAAUCUGGGGCGAGGACUUUGCUACGUCUGCACAGAGCACUUGAGUUCAUCACUGGGUUCCUCUCAGAGCUCCAUAAAGCCCCUGAUGAGAAUGGGCUGGGAAGUGUCACUUCUGAGGUCUACAGCCGUACCCUGGCCAAAUUCCAUGGCUGGGUGGUGGCCAAGACUGUUGGUGCAGUGCUCCUGAUGAUGCCCACCAAACACACCAUUAUAGAGAGGGUAUCUCUGGCAAGUAAACAGGUAACCGGUGGCAUUGAAGCAGUGAGAACCCACAAUGAAGCUCUCAUGCCCAAAGUGAUAGAAGUCAUGACAUCAGUGUAUAAUUUAACGCAGAAGCUCUACGAAGAUUACGAAAUUCUUGACUUGCCAUAGGAGUUGUGUUUGCUGUCAUGCAAGAAGGAAUAUGGACUUGUUUUUUGGAAUGGGCAUCAAAAAGAUAGAUUUUAUUUUGUUAUUACUUUUUUAUUUUUUCCUGCUAUUGGUGAAUGUUGUGAAGAAUAUGGUAGGGGAUGUAGUAGCCCUUAACCCCAUUCUAAUGGGUCACGUGUACAGGCAUCAUAACAUACCGCUUGGUCUGUAGGGUACAGCUUUACACGUGGUGACGAGCCAAAGCACGUGGAGUGGGAAGUUCUGCUACAUGUAGUGGACUCCUGCCUCUAGCGUCAGGAUGUUGCCAGAAAUCACCAGAGUUUAUGAUGCUCAUAGAUUUCUGGCACCUGUCAGCAUUGGGUUAAGGGAACUCCUUGCCUGCAGAAUUAUAAGAAUGAAUUUAUGAGGAGAAAUCAUUUUUCUCUCUCUCUCUCUCUCUUCUUUCCUUCCUUCCUUCGCUGUUUCCUUGCCACUCUCCCAGUUCUCCAUUUUUUCUAUACUUUCUUCUUUCUUUCUCUUUUUUAUGCUGUUGAUUGUGUGAAACAUAAGGUGGAGGAAUUUUGCUAAGGAGAUUUGCUAGUGAGAUUUUAUGCUGUUUUUGAGGCUAUAACCGUAUAAUGCAGUGGGAAAUGCAUUUCACUUUACCUCACAUUGUAGAAUUCAGUUGUUAAAGGAGAUUUCAGUAUCCUUAGAUUGUUAGAUCACUUAAUACACAUUUUUAAUUCAGUUUUUCAAAAAAAGGCAAAUAUACAGUUGAUGAUCUCUGUUACUUAUUUCACACCAAGGACAUAGGAAGUCAAAUUUUAACCUAUUGAUGUGUAAUGGUACUUGAUAUUGAUGUUACUACAUUCACAAUAUUAUAAGAAUAUCCGUUGAAAUAUCCAUUUAAAUUGAAAGCAUAUUCCUGGAUAGUUCCUUGAUUUCAUUACAGUUUAAAAAAAUCUCUGGCUUAUUUGUUAUUGUAUGGUUGUAAUUCACUAUCUACCCUUUUUCUGCUUGCAGGCACAUGUACAGACAUAUAAAUACAUAUUUGUAUUGCCAUAUAGAUAUAAAAGAUGUGAACUGCUCUCUUGUUGAAUGAAUAUAUAUUCUAGAUAAAUAUCUCCUCUUCUUUUUGUUAUUAUCAUUGACAGUAGGCAUUAAAUGACACUAACUGACUUAUUUUAUAAUGGAGACUAUCAUUAAGGUAAGUAUAUAGACAUAUCCUUAAGCUGUAGAGGGGCAAUAUACACAGCUAUAUUUA